AUGCAUCGCACCAAGAACCCCAGGCUCUCCAGAUGGCUGGUGUUCGCCAUCUUGGCAUGCCUGCUGAUCCAGGGGGCGCAUGCACGUCCCUCGGGCGGACGACGGCACACGGGUUACCACGGAAGAAGACUCCGUCGCGGCGCUCCCAGACCGCACGCCAGGGCCGGAUCCGGAUCCGGAGAUCACGCCCGCCACGAGCCCCGGCAGGAAGGCACCUGCGCGCCGAGCCCGCCGGCUAGCAUCAAGGCACCCAAACGCAACCUCUGGGCGCAGCUGAGCGAGCAGGAGGUCGGGUCCGUGGUCGACUGGCUCUUCCGGCAGCGGGGGCUGAACCUCACGCGCGCCGAGGACGCCGGCGACUGGGACAACACCAUCAUAUCGGUCGAGGUCAUGCGGCCCAACAAGACCGACGCGCUGGCCUACAUGGACGGAAACGGCCCGGCGCCGCCAAAGUACGCGCGCGUGACGCUGGACCAGCGCGCGACAGAAAACCCCGUCAUCGCCGAGCUGCUCGUCGGGCCGCUGCCCAUAGACCUAGCCACGACGUCGUGGUCGCCGCUCGCCUACCCCUUCACCAAGGCCUCGGGCGGGCGGGUCCGGAACCUGGAGGCGGACGCGGGCGAGAGCCUGCACGAGCGGUGGCUGUACCGGCACACGCGCGACAUCGCCGACGUGACGCGCGACCUCCUCAACGGGACGCUGCUGGGGCGGCGCAACGACACGCUCGAGAUCUGGGGGAUCGAUCCGCUGUGGCAGGAGGACGACGGCCGCGUGCGCCGCUGGGACACGCUCUGGAACCUGCCGACCGACUACAGCGACGCCCAGACGCUGCUGCCGACGGGCAUCUUCCUCCUGACCGACGUGACGGGCCGCGACCCGGGCGCGUGGCGGCUCGAGGGCUGGCUGUACGGCGGCGUCUUCUACAACAGCACCGCGGCCUUCAGGGCCGCCUACUGGAGCCCCGGGUUCGAGAAGCUCGGCGUCAACGUCGAGGGCGACUGGGCCCGGACCGACCACCGGCCAGGGCCCGGGGCCAUGCCGCUGGACGACAGGCGACCGCCCGUGCUGGCGGCUCCCGGCGGGUCGCGCUUCUCGCUCGACCCGGGCGAGCGCUACGUCGAGUGGAUGGGCUUCAGCUUCCACCUGGGCUUUUGCGGCGACACGGGCGUGUCGCUGCACGACGUGCGGUUCGGCGGCGAGCGCGUGCUGUGGGAGCUCGGGCUGCAGGAGGCGCUGUCGCACUACGCCGGCAACGACCCGGUCCAGGCCGGGACCGCAUACCUGGACAACAGCUACGGCUUCGGGCGGUACGCGAGCGAGAUGGUGGUCGGGUUCGACGCCCCCGCGUACGCCACGUACCUAGACAUGACAUCGUACGAGUACGAAGGGCUGGCGCCCCGGCGCCGCGCCGUCGCCCUGUUCGAGGCCGCGGCCGACCACGCGCUGCAGCGGCACAGCACCGACGACACCGUGUCGGUGACGCGCAACACGUACUUUGUCGUGCGCCAGGUCGCCACCGUGGCCAACUACGACUACACCGUCUCCUACACCUUCACCCUGAGCGGCGAGGUGGCCGUCGACGUGCGCGCCUCGGGCUUCGUGCAGGGCGCGCACCGCAGCGGCGGCAAGAACAACCAAAACGACGACAGCAGCCACGGCUACGCCCUGCGCGACAACCUCAGCGGCUCCAUGCACGACCACGUCAUCGCCUUCAAGGCCGACUUUGACGUGGCCGGGGCCGCCAACACGGUCGAGCUGGUCCGCACCGCGCCCGCCGUCGUGUCGUACCCCUGGCCGGGCGGGCUGUCGCGCAGCACCAUGCGGCUCGAGCGGACCGUCGUGGCCAGCGAGGCCCAAGGGCGGCUGGACUGGGACGCCGAGGGCGCGACGCAGGUGCGCGUCGUCAACCGCGGCGACGUCCGCGGGGGCGAGGCGCGCGGGUACCGCGUCGUGCGCAGCGGGCCGACGGCGCGGCUCACCGUCCGCGGGUCCCCCGUCCUGAAGAACGCGGCGCGCUGGGCCGAGCACGACCUGCACGUCACGAGGCACAAGGACGCGGAGCCGUGGCUGUCGCACGCGUCCAACAACCAGGACGUGGCCGACCCGCUCGUCGACUUCUCGCGCUUCGCCGCCGACGACGAGGCCCUGGUCCAGGAGGACGUGGUGCUGUGGCUGAACCUGGGCAUGCACCACGUGCCCGUAAAGGAGGACCUGCCCAACACGCUGACCACGACGGCCCACUCGGGCGUCCGCUUCGUGCCGUCAAACUUCGACGAGACGGACCCGUCGCGCCGCACCGUCAAUAUGGCCCGCAUCAGCUACCGCGAGGGCCGGACGACCGACGUCGUCGUCUUUGGCCAAUCCAAGGAUGUCUGCAGCAUGCGCCUCGAGCCGGACGAGCUGGGAUUGUGGUCGUAUGCGGGCGGCAGUGCUGUCCACGUAGCCGAGACCGGGCGGGGAGGGUCAUCCCGAGGCCAAGGGCGCGGCAGCGACUAG